AUGGACGGACUGGCCCAGUCAAAUCGUCGUCCUGUCCUCCCGACGAAUGACACUCUCGAUGCCCAUGAACUCGUUGGCAGCAUCGACAAGGACGGCACUGCAUCUCUGAAGCCACGUCACAAACAGACAGCAUACCUCCAGGGCGCAGACACUUCCAGUAGUUCAAGCUCUCCCUCCUUGACCUCGGAUGAAGACGUCGAGGACUACGACAAGAUCAAGCUGGAUCCAGACACCAUCGUUGACGGCAGCAGUGGCGGUCCGCUAGGCAAUGCUCCUACCGACGAUAAAUCCGAUCAGGACCUCUCCCUUAAACCAUCCAGAUCAGGCGUGGGGCACAUUAGAAAAAGUCCGNACACCAACACUCGUCAACUAUCACCAGACUCCCGUCGCAAGAGCAUUCAGAUUCGUCUCGAAAAGACCGAUCGCAAAGGUCACUACAUCCUUACCGCCGAUGACCCCGACAUUCGUGACAUCCUUAGGAAGGGCAUGGAAAGAGAAGAAGCAUCACAAGACCCGUCCAAGAAAGCAAGAAGCCUCCGAGACCUCGUCUUCACUCGCCAGUUCACAACCUUUGAUCGACAAAAUCCUCUGAGCGCAGAGUCACCCUUCCACGGCUUUUUCACUCUGUUCUGGUUGGCCAUGGUCCUGAUGUUCCUCAAGGUCUCUGCAACCAACUGGAGAGAACAUGGAAGCAUAUUUGGAGGAAACGAGGUCUUCAAGAUCAUGUUCGGUCACGAUGUCUUGAUUCUGGGUCUCACUGAUGGUGUCAUGGUCUUCUCAUCUGUCUUGGGCUUCCUGCUACAAAAGGCCAUCUUCAAGAACUACAUCAGCUGGAACAGAUCAGGCUGGAUCAUCCAGAAUGUCUGGCAAACCUUCUUCCUAGGCUCCGUCGUUUGGUGGAUGUUCUACCGCGAGUGGCCGUGGUCCCAUACUAUCUUUAUGGUUCUACACACCAUGGUCUUUCUCAUGAAGCAGCAUAGCUACAACUUCUACAACGGCCACUUGUCAGUCGUAUACAGGCGACGCAAUAUGCUUAGAGAGAAGCUGCGCGCCCUCCGUGAAAUGGAGCCUAUCGGGUCCGCGCCAAACAGCCCUCAAGGCAUCAGUCCUGCAGUGACUAGCGCAAUGGAACAGGUAGACACGCAGGAAAGGAAGCGUCGCCCCGGCACUUUUCGCACUUCGACUAAUCUGGACAAUGAGACAUCUGAUGUAGCCCGAGUUGCGACCGCUAUGGAGUCUGGUCAACCUCUCACGCUGGAUCAGAUGCAAGCAUUCCAGCGUAUUAUCGAGGAAGAGAUUGCCGCUCUUGAUAAAGAACUCAAGGGCAAAGCGCAAUCUGACGAGAAGGCAUAUCCCAACAACCUGACACUGAGCAACUUUGCCGACUGGACCAUCCUGCCGACAUUGGUGUACGAACUCGAAUAUCCGCGACAAGAACGAAUCAACUGGUGGUAUGUGCUGGAGAAGUCGAUGGCCACAUUUGGUACAAUGUGCGUGAUGCAAGUCAUCUCUCAAGCAUACAUCUACCCUCCCGUGGCCGAGACUGUGCGCAUGAAGGAAGCAGGCAUGUCGUUGGAAGACAGAGCAAAGCAGAUGCCAUGGAUUGUGAGCGACAUGCUGUUCCCACUGUUGUUGGAGCAGCUCUUGUCGUGGUAUGUCAUUUGGGAAUGCGUGCUCAACGUGUUGGCCGAACUCACAUGCUUUGCCGACCGCGGCUUCUAUGGCGACUGGUGGAACAGCGUGUCAUGGGAUCAGUAUGCAAGAGAUUGGAACAGACCAGUGCACAACUUCUUGCUUCGACACGUGUACCACUCUUCCAUCUCAGCCUUCCAUCUGUCCAAGGGUACGGCGACCUUCGUUACGUUCCUUUUGUCGGCAUUGGUGCACGAGCUGGUCAUGGCAUGUCUCUUCAAGAAGGUGCGCGGCUAUCUGUUUACGAUGCAACUUCUACAAAUGCCUCUGGUGAUGCUCAGCCGAACCAAGCUUCUCAAGGGCCGAAACCUGCUGGGAAAUGUGGUGUUUUGGAUUGGGCUGUUUGUAGGGCCGAGUGUGCUCACCAGCUUCUAUCUUUGA